AUGUUAAGGCCACAGUUCGCAUCGUUGGUUCUCUCUGUGGUGGUUAUUACGAGUUGGGCGUUUCAAUUAACCGAUGCAUCCAACAUAGUGGCCUUGUUCAUUAAUGGCCACCGUUCACAUUUGCUGUUCUACAUAUCAAUCGUCAAUUUGUUACUGGAGAGGGGACAUCAUGUGACAGUAGUAACUACACUGGAUAUACGAGAAUUUGAUGCGGCUCCUGAUAAUCUUAGGUGGAUAAAAUUAUCAUCGAACUACACAAUAUCAAGGAGAUUGUCUAAUUCAAAUACAUUCGAUCAGUUGACAUCAAUGACGGAACGUAUUGAUGAUACAGCGGAGUUUAUGAACGAUCCCACAUGGCAGAAGUUUAUGCAGGAUUCAACACAGCAUUUCGAUCUGAUGUUGUUGGGUUAUCUAUUCAACGACUAUCAAUUGGGAGUAGCGGCUCAUUUUAAUUGUCCCUCAGUUGUUGUUUGGACGGGACAGCCAAUAGGAUUUAUUCACAGAUUAAUUGGCAAUCCGCAAAACAGAUGGUAUGUUCCUCAACCCUAUGACCGACACCAAUACAAAGGUUGGAGAGGUGUGGCUAUCGGUUGGUUUGAAACAUUUGUCGAAACUGUUGCUCUGCAUAAAAUGAAGGAAAUUUACGAUCAACACUUUUCACAACCGGACUAUCCUACAUUUUGGGAAAUACGUAAAAAUGUCUCAUUGGCGAUUGUUAAUCAUCAUUCGUUGAGCGAAGGCCCCAUUGCUCCCCAAAUACCGGGUCUAAUAGAAGUUGGUGGCCUAGAAUAUCGAAGAAGAAAAGAACACAGCAAUUUCAACGAGCAAUACGAUACCGAUCUCAACAACAUUUUGAAUAAUGGAAAGGGGAUCAUAUAUAUCAGUUUUGGUUCCAGAGUUAAAUGGUCGAUGUUGGAUGGCAAAUUGGAAAACAUUUUCAUUGAAGCAUUCAAACUAUUUACCAAUUAUACAAUUAUAUGGACUUAUGACAAUGAUUGCCGUACAUUGGAGAGACAAUCUCCAAACAUCAAAUGCCGUGCCUGGUGGCCUCAAACGGCGAUAUUGGCAUGCAAUAAUACCAAACUUUUUAUAACUCAUGGUGGUAAGGGCAGCAUAUCGGAGGUGUAUAGCCACGCUAAACCAAUUUUGGGUUUUGCUUUUUUUGGUGAUCAAAGAGCCAAUGUGGCCCGAGUGCAAACGAAACAAUUGGGUAAGGCAUUGGAUAUUUAUAACCUUGAAUUGGCGGAAUUAGUGGAUGCCCUCAACGAACUAUUAAAUACUGAGAGGUAUCAUCGAAAUGCGCGCACAUUUUCUCAGUUAUAUCGAGAUAGACCCUUAAGCAGUGAAGAAAACCUUGUUUAUUGGUUGGAAUAUGUUAUACGCCAUAGGGGGGCUAAACACCUUCACAGUCCGUUGCUCGAUUUGAAUCUCUUUGAAUAUUAUUUGAUAGAUAUUUAUUUAAUAUUUAUUGUGCUUUUAUUAACUUGUAUACACUUGCUCAAUUGGUUAGAGAGACAACUUGGUUUAAAAUCAUAA